AUGACUACAGGUACUGAUAAGCCAGGCCCCGGUGCUGAGCCCACUAGAUUUGGUCUUGAAGCUCAAAUCAAGAGAAAUCCCCAUGGAGAUUUCGGAAAAGUACAAAGAGAGAGACCCCCUUUUGAAAAGGAUGUCCAAUUCCACUAUCACCAGACUGUUGACGUCGAUUGGAAGGUUGGAUCCGGAGCAACGGACGAUGAGUGGAAAACCCACAAGAAGAUUGAGUUAGAUCCUUAUGGUCCUGACCGUAAUCCUGUAGACAACUACAAGAUGCUUAUUUCUGCCGUCACUCCAAGACCGAUUGGCUUUGUUUCCACAGUUUCUAAAGAUGGUGUGCGCAAUCUGGCUCCAUUUUCAUACUUUACAAUGGUGAAUCAUGACCCUCCAAUUUUCUGUCUUGGUUUCAGCAAGGGAACCGGUGCUCCAAAGGACACAGCUGCUAACAUUCUGGAAACUAAAGAGCUCACAAUCAACAUUAUCUCUGAAUGGUUUGUUGAAGCUGCCAACUACUGUAGUACCAAUGCCCCAACUGAUGUUGAUGAGUGGAAGCUUUCGGGCCUAACUCCAUUAGCAUCUUCUAAGGUCAAGCCUGAGCAUGUGGCCGAAUCUGCCUUUUCUGUUGAAGCAAAGCUUAUCCACUCCCAUGAAUGGACUUCUAAGGUCACCGGAAACCCUUCCGGAACUUUGGUUUUGGUUGAAGGUGUCAAUUUCCACGUUCGUGAGGAUGUCAUCAACGAACAACGUAAUAUCAUUGAUCCUGUUAAGCUCCAAUCCGUCUCUAGAUUGGGUGGUAUUACCUAUGGCCGUACUACUAGUGGGUAUGAAUUGCUUCGUCCGGAUUUCGAUUCUGAGUCAAAGAAACCUGAAUUUGAGGAGGCCCUUAGUAAAUAG